CAGGAAGUGGAUAUUGUAGUAGCUCCAUGUCGGGAAUUCCAGUCUGCAGAAGUCACUUUGGGAGAAUAUAUUAAUAGUGUCCUUCCAGUCAUCACUUUCGCUAUCAGUGAAGCAGAACUGUCAGCACUGGAUAUGAAUGAACUGCGUGGGAUUAAAGAGAAAUUUGCUCUGCCUGUCUUCUUUUUCAAAGUGCCGGAUUUGGGGGUUGAACUGAUAUCCCCUCAAAAUACAGAGAAUGAAAAGUCAUCCCUUUAUCGGCAGCUCCUGGAUUUAGACUACCUUAGUACCAACCAUUGCAGCUGUGGAGCUCCCACCUCUGAUGCCAAAGCCCAAAGCAUGCUUGUGGAACAAUCGGACAAGAUCCGUCUCCUUAGCACUUUCUCCAAACAGGUGCUGCAGAAGCACUUAGUGGAUGCAGCCACCAUCUUGAACAUAGUACAUUGUCGUUGCCUGGACAUCUUCAUCAACCAAGCCUUUGACAUGCAGCGAGACCUGCAAAUCACUCCGAAGCGUCUAGAGUACACACGGAAAAAAGAGAAUGAGUUGUAUGAAUCUUUGAUGGGUAUAGCUAACCGCAAACAAGAGGAAAUGAAGGACAUGAUAAUAGAAACACUCAAUAACAUGAAAGAAGAGCUACUGGAAGAUGCUGCUAAUAUGGAAUUCAAAGACAUCAUAAUUCCAGACAAUGGAGAGCUUAUUAGUUCCAGAGAUAUUAAAUGUUGCAUUAAGCAAAUCCAGGAACUGAUAAUUUCACGGUUGAACCAAGCAGUUGCCAACAAACUGAUAAGUUCUGUGGACUACCUCCGUGAGAGCUUUGUAGGGACUCUGGAAAGAUGUCUUAAAAGUUUGGAGAAAUCACAGCAAGAUGUUUCAGUGCAUAUUACAAGCAACUAUUUAAAACAGAUACUGAAUGCAGCCUAUCAUGUUGAAGUCACUUUUCACUCUGGUUCAACAGUAUCGCGAAUGCUGUGGGAACAAAUCAAGCAGAUAAUACAGCGGAUUACUUGGGUAAGCCCACCAGCUAUUACCACAGAGUGGAAAAAGAAAGUGGCUCAAGAUGCCAUUGAGAGUCUUAGUGCAUCCAGGCUGGCCAAGAGCAUCUGCAGCCAAUUCCGGACAAGACUAAACAGUUCUCAUGAAGCUUUUGCAGCCUCCUUGAGACAGCUGGAGGCUGGCCACUCAGGCCGGCUGGAGAAGACAGAAGAUCUUUGGUUAAAAGUGCGAAAGGACCAUGCCCCUCGGCUUGCCCGCCUCUCUUUGGAAAGCAGAUCCCUGCAGGAUGUUUUGUUACAUGGUAAACCAAAGUUAGGCCGUGAGCUGGGCCGAGGGCAGUAUGGAGUGGUGUACUUGUGUAAUGCAUGGGGAGGGCACUUCCCAUGUGCACUGAAAUCUGUUGUUCCACCAGAUGAGAAGCACUGGAAUGACCUUGCGCUUGAGUUUCAUUAUAUGAGGUCUUUGCCAAAACAUGAACGGUUGGUAGAUCUUCAUGGCUCAGUGAUAGAUUAUGGGUAUGGAGGAGGUUCCAGCAUCGCUGUUCUAUUGAUAAUGGAACAACUGCACAGAGAUCUCUAUACAGGAUUAAAGGCUGGAUUGACACUGGAGACAAGAUUGCAGAUUGCUUUGGAUGUGGUUGAAGGGAUUCGGUUUCUUCAUAGCCAAGGGCUUGUUCACAGAGACAUCAAACUUAAAAAUGUAUUGCUUGAUAAAAACAAUAGAGCUAAAAUUACAGACCUGGGAUUCUGCAAACCUGAAGCAAUGAUGUCUGGCAGUAUUGUUGGGACCCCUAUUCAUAUGGCUCCUGAACUUUUCACAGGGAAAUAUGAUAAUUCUGUGGAUGUAUAUGCAUUUGGCAUCUUGUUCUGGUACAUCUGUUCAGGACAUGUGAAGUUACCAGAAGCAUUUGAAAGAUGUGCAAGUAAGGACCACCUUUGGAACAACGUCCGAAGAGGAGUACGCCCUGAACGCCUUCCUAUUUUUGAUGAGGAAUGUUGGCAGCUGAUGGAAGCCUGUUGGGAUGGAGACCCCUCCCAGCGCCCACUUCUGGGCAUAGUACAGCCCAUGUUGCAGGGCAUAAUGGAUAGACUUUGUAAGAUGAACUCUGAACAGCUAAACAAAGGGUUGGAUGAUUCUACUUGAAAAAGAAGCAAUGAAGGAACUGUUCUGUUUUGUGACAACUCUUGGUCCCCAGUUUGCCACUGGCAACUCACAGUGUAGCUGUUUGGAAGAGAGUGGCCAAAUAUUGUGCGCUCACGGUGAGAGAAUAUUGAAAUUCCACCUUGUAAUAGCAGCCAGGGACAUUCAUUUCCAAUAUGCACUACUAAUGCAAGUUGCCAGUGCUUCCUUCUUUAUUAAAAAUAAGACAGGGAAGUCGGAUCUCUUCGUCUGCAAGGAAUUUUGCUUAUCUCCCUUCAGGCUUCGGUAAAGGAGAAAAGCACUGUGUGCAUCAGAUAUGUGGUAAGCAGCAUAUUUGGAUCUCCAGCUACAUCUGCUAGGGGUCGAUAUAUCUUAGUUGCUCUGACUGUCACACAUGAAUGUGGAUAAUUGGAAGAAACAGGUGUGUCCCUUCAAUAGGGAAGAUAAUCCUGCUUACAUUGGCAGCAUAGACUCUGAGGGUUAUGAGUUAAUGCUGACUUCCAGUAAUACCUAGGAUGUUUACACAGAGGGAUCAGAGCAUUCAUACUCAGCAAAGGAAGGGCCCACUGCAGUGGAAUACCCAAACAUAUAAGCUAUCUCUUUUUUGGUCAUGUGAACCAAGCUCUUUUCCAGUAAAUGCCUAAUAGAAACUUCAGACAUCUGAACAAAGAUGGCCUUCUUUUUUUACUUCCCCCUCCCCCAAUCUUAAAGUAAGGUGUAUAUUUCACCAAAAGAUUUUGCACAUACAGAAACAGAAACACUAUUAGGAACUACUGUCUGUAUUCAUGGACAACUGGAGAUCAGAUUUUUAACUAGAGCAGUUUUCUUUUUUUGAACAAAGUGUAAGGGCAAUGACUGUUUUAAACUCUAAUAUUGACAGAUCGUUUUAAAAGAUUCCUUCACCUGUUUGUGUGUUUUAAGUCAUCUCUAAGAACGAUAGAGUACCUAAGAGAAACCUGUCAUUCUAUAGACAUGUGUGGUGCUGUAUUUGACCAUCAUUUACUUCCUUGGGGUUUUGUUUGCGUUAUUCUAAGAGACAGUUGCAUGAAGCACACAAGAGAGGAAAGUCCAGAUACUUUUGAAAUGACGGGCUCUUUCUCAUAAUCUACCAGUCUUGACACAAUAAUUCCUUUGCAUUUGCUUGUAUAGCAACUAGUUUUUGUAUUAUUGUGUUUUGAGGGCAGUAUAGAUUGAGCUAGAGAAUGCACCUGGAAGGAUAGGGAUCACUUGUAAUGUGUUUGGCACUGUGGUAUAUAAUUACAUUCUUUCUCUUCCAUGCAAUGAGACAUGGACUGGUUACAUUUCCAUAGGAUAAUUUACCAUGUGCUGUGCAAAGUCCAUGGAGCAUACAUUUGAGACUUUUGCUUCCAAAAUUGCUCCUGUUGUACAAAACAGAAGUAUAGCCUCUUGUCUGUUUACAUAAACUCCUAGAGACAAAAGUAACCCUGCAGUGUUACUCAGCUGCUUAGCUAAAUCCUUCUUUGUGUGUGCAAUAAAAUGGAAAAACUGCUUUUAAAAUAAUUGCUUUUUACUUAGUAGGCAUUAAUUGUUAUGUGGUGGUCCUUAAAAUGUAUUGGCACUUCUGUCCACUGACUGUAGCAUUUGGCAACUUGAACCGAAAUGGGCAGCAAUAGCUGUCAACCAUGCUCACAGAAAUGCACGUAUGUUCUCAAAUAGGAUGUCUUAAAAUGUCACUUAAUGUAUAAUUGGACCACCAUUCCAGUCACUUGACAGUAUUAUUCCAUGAUUACAUAACCAUUUACUCUGUGCUACCAUGGGUAGUGAGCUUGUUUAGAAUCAGGGUCAUCUAGGUCAGUAUUUCUGGAACUAUAGAAAUAGUUUAUGUAAAAUAAAAUAAAUAAAACGGUAUUUGAAAAUGUCUUGUACAGCUUUCCCCAAGGAGCUUCUUUUUUUACUCUUUACCCUGUGCUUUUUUUUUUUUUUAAAUCAAAUGUAUGUUUCAGUUCCACUGGGCUUGUUUUCUCCCAUAGGCACAAAAUAGCUUCUCUGUGUCUUCUACAAUCAUGUAUGUACUUCUGUUGGACAUAAUUUUAAGUGUUGUUUCGAUCAUUCCUGAAGCAGGUAUCACAUCCUGUGACAUGUUGCCCAGCAAGGUAUAUACAUGUUAUGUUCUUUUUAAAAGGCUCAGACACUUAAAAUUGAUUUUGCUUUCAUUUAAAUCAGGGGUACGCAGCCUGCAGACCCUCCCAAGCCCCCUGAUCAGCUAUGCUUCUAGAAUGGGAGAUGUGAUUAGCCCAGUCCUUGAAAUAAAUUCUGGUUCCAUUUUUGGCCACUCAACAGCUGGAUUUCAUGUAACACCUUUGACAGGGUUCAGGAUAGACAAUUGGCCUCCACACCUUUUGCACUUAGCCACCCUUGAUUUAAAGGAUAACCCUCUUUAUCUUCACAUACACCUCCCAUGGUUGUUGGCCAAGUAUAUAAUGCAAACACUAAAUAGUCUCACAGCUACAUGGGAUGUCACCAUUGGUAUUGUGGUGGGAUGGAUAAUGAGCAUUGGUGAAUGUAGAGCAAUAUCACUUCUAUUGUCCCUAGUGACUGCACAAGAGCAGUCAAUUAGAGAUCUGCCAAAGACAUGUAGCUCUGAAAUGUGUCCAUGUACAAUUUGAUUUAUUUAAAAUCCAGUCGCCUCACCCCACUUCAUGUCCCAUCUUCUAGAAUCCAGUCUUCAUCACCUACUUAGUUCUACACCCAGAAGGAAACUUUUAUUGCAAUGUAUGAUGCAAGAUUUACAAGUUGCCACUAAUUUGUUGGCUUAAAGCAUAUGUUCCUAAAGACAGGUUUUCUUAAAACUGGGGAAGUAGCAAACAAAGCUAGUUUACAAAACAAAUUCCUGCAGAAAUUUGAGCUGGAGAAAUCAGAGCACCCAUACUGGUGUGAGUAGUUGAUAGGUCAACGAUGGAUGCUAUUCAAUGCUGAUCCAUUGCCAAGGUGCUUUUUAUUUCUGCUCUGAGAACCCGUCAUUUAGGCUCAGAACAAACACUACAUAGGAACUGCAUGAGCUAAAAUUAGCUCCUGAAGCAAGGCUUGAAUACAAUAUGAAACUGCCAUGUUGUGGUGCUGGAGUGUUACCCUUAGCUUGGUGGUGUAUUGCUGCUGCCUAUCACAUUGCUUUGUAAGUAAAGCAUAUUGUAGGAGUUCUUGUUUAGCAACUGACAAUUUUUUUUUGUGAUUCCUCCAUCUCUGUUAUAGUAACUUGAAUAUACAAUGCAAGCUCUUGUGUAAUUAAAAACUGAACUAUCACAUUAACUUCCUAUAUAUAGCACUUCUGUUAAGUUAGUCCUUCUAUCUGCCCUUUCCCUUCCAAUGACAAUGUUUGAGGGGCUGGAAGACACUUUUGCAGAUGUCCUCCUUUUAAAAAAAAAGUCUUAAUACUAUUAUUUUUUUCUCCAGGGAGAGAUAAGAGCACAUCUGCAUUUGAAACUCUCUCAGGGGCUUGAAUAGCACUGCAUUUCUCACAUUUCUAAAUAUUUUGGUUCUGUUACUGUUGGUCACCUCUUAACACUUGGCUACUGUGGAAGUGAGAAGUGCGAAAGAAGUUGUACAGUUCAUUGUAAUGCCUAUAGAUUUUGUACUACUUUUUAUUUUUUAAACUGAUGUAUAAUAGUCCUAAAAGCAUAGGUAACAAACUUACCAACUGUAUAGGAAAUGUGCAAUAACAUGGAGAAUGACAUUAUUAUGAACAAAUAUUUCCCUUGUAUUCCGUAAUAACUAAUCUCUCCACAGCAGCCCCCCUUCCCCAUUACAUGUAUUUUAAGAGACAUGACUGUGGAUCAAGACUUCACUUAGUGCCAUAAUAAAGGUCUGUUUUAAUAGACAAUAGAAUGCACAGAUGUGCUGUGCUGUAUAAUAAAGUUUGCAUUAAUGUUU